AUGGCCAAUGGCGUCGACGAGCUCAUCGGCAUCCCCUUCCCCAACCACAGCAGUGAGGUCCUGUGCAGCCUGAACGAGCAGCGGCACGACGGCCUGCUCUGCGACGUGCUCCUGGUGGUGCAGGAGCAGGAAUACCGCACGCACCGCUCCGUCCUGGCGGCCUGCAGCAAGUACUUCAAGAAGCUGUUCACGGCCGGCGCCCUGGCCAGCCCGCCGUACGUCUAUGAGAUCGACUUCGUCCAGCCCGAGGCGCUGGCCGCCAUCCUGGACUUCGCCUACACCUCCACGCUCACCAUCACCGCCUCCAACGUCAAGCACAUCCUCAACGCCGCCAGGAUGCUGGAGAUCCCGUGCAUCGUGAACGUGUGUCUGGAGAUCAUGGAGCCCGGCGGGGCCGGCGGGGGGCAGCACGACAAGGAGGACGACGACGAGGACGAGGAGGACGAGGACGAGGAUGACGACGAGGACGACGACGAGGACGACGAUGAGGACGACGACGAGGACGACGCGGAGGACUUCGCCGACCAAGAAAACCUGCCCGACCCCCAGGACAUCGACUGCCGCCAGAGCCCUUCCGAGUCGGACCGCCUCCCGGAGCAGGCCUACGCGGACCCGCCCGGGGCCUUCCCCGACUCCUUCCCGGCCGGCGGCCCCGGGCCUCUGGGCGUGAUCCGGGACUUCUCCAUCGAAUCUCUGCUGAGGGAGAACCUGUACCCCGAGGCCAGCCUGGCCGACAGGAGGCCUUCCUUGUCUCCGUUCGCCCCUGACUUCUUCCCGCACCUCUGGCCGGCGGACUUCGGCGCCUUCGCCCGGCUGCCCGAGCAGCCCACGGACAGCGGGCCGCUAGACCUGGUGGUCAAGAACCGGAAGAUUAAGGAGGAGGAGAAGGAGGAGCUGCCCCCACCCCCGCCGCCCCCCUUCCCUGGCGACUUCUUCAAGGACAUGUUCCCCGACCUUCCUGGGGGGCCGCUGGGCCCCAUCAAGGCGGAGAGUGACUACGGUGCCUAUCUCAACUUCCUGAGUGCCACCCACCUGGGGGGCCUCUUCCCGCCCUGGCCGCUGGUGGAGGAGCGCAAGCUGAAACCCAAGGCCUCCCAGCAGUGCCCCAUCUGCCACAAAGUCAUCAUGGGGGCCGGGAAGCUGCCUCGGCACAUGAGGACCCACACCGGGGAGAAGCCAUACAUGUGUAAUAUCUGUGAGGUCCGCUUCACCAGGCAGGACAAGCUGAAGAUCCACAUGCGGAAGCACACGGGGGAGCGGCCCUACCUGUGCAUCCACUGCAACGCCAAGUUCGUGCACAACUACGACCUCAAGAACCACAUGCGCAUCCACACGGGCGUGCGGCCCUACCAGUGCGAGUUCUGCUACAAGAGCUUCACGCGGUCCGACCACCUGCACCGCCACAUCAAACGCCAGAGCUGCCGCAUGGCCCGGCCCCGGCGCGGCCGCAAGCCCGCCGCCUGGAGGGCCGCCAGCCUGCUCUUCGGGCCCGGCGGCCCGGCGCCCGAGAAGGCGGCCUUCGUGAUGCCGCCCGCGCUGGGCGAGGUGGGCGGCCACCUGGGCGGGGCGGCCGUGUGCCUCCCGGGCCCCAGCCCCGCCAAGCACUUCCUGGCGGCGCCCAAGGGCGCGCUGAGCCUGCAGGAGCUCGAGCGGCAGUUCGAGGAGACGCAGAUGAAGCUGUUCGGGCGCGCGCAGCUGGAGGCCGAGAGGAACGCGGGGGGCCUGUUGGCCUUCGCGCUGGCCGAGAACGUGGCGGCCGCGCGGCCCUACUUCCCGCUGCCCGACCCGUGGGCCGCGGGCCUGGCGGGCCUCCCGGGGCUCGCCGGCCUCAACCACGUGGCCUCCAUGUCUGAAGCCAACAACUAG